AUGGAUGCCCAGUCCAAGGUCGUUGUAACGGGCUUUGGUCCGUUUGGUGGUAUUUCCGUCAAUAGCAGCACAACUGCCGUCCUGAAUUUGCAGGCAAAGUGGGAAGAAAUUGUAUCUCAUACAAAGUUCUUUCCUGAGCUUGUUGUUUUGCCAAAUGUUGAAGUUUCAUACAAAGCAGUGGACAAAAUCGUUUCCCACAUUUGGGAUGACCUUAAACCGGAUCUGGUUGUACAUGUUGGGGUUAGCGCUUUUUCCUCGACAAUCAGUCUGGAAAGUCAGUCGGGAUCCGGACCCUAUAUGAUGGCAGAUGACGGUUGCCUUCCUUGUCAGCUCUUUUGUGACAGGCAAAUCUCUACAAAACUCUCCCUUGAUGAACCUUGUGCUCUCCUUCGAUCUCGUGGAUUCAAGUGUGAUAUUUCGACGGAUCCUGGCUGUUUCCUCUGCAGCUAUAUUUACCGCUGCUCUCUUGAGAAGAACCCAUACAGGACUUUAUUUGUUCACGUCCCAACGAUAUCAAGCGCCGUUACUGCGGAUUAUCUUGGUGAUUUCCUUUUCCUUUUGAUCGUAAUCCUAUGUAAAAGUUGUGAUGUACCGAUUUCUUCUUCUCUUGUUGCUUAUCUUUAG